AUGAAUUAAUUGUUAAAUAAUUUAAAGUUUCAUAAGCCAUUUUUUAAGUUAAACACAGCAUAGAUUGAAAUACUUAAAGAUCCUGUGGACUUUUAUGUGAAUUUACACAAGGGAAUAAAGAAUGCUUAAAAGAGAAUAGUAUGGAGUACUUUAUAUAUUGGAAAUGGAAAUAUGGAAGAAUUUUUAAUAGAGAGUUUGUCUAAUCAAUAAAGGAGAUUUGAAUAAUUAAGGAUUUCAUUAUUAAUGGACUAUUAUAGAGGGACAAGAAGAGAUAAGAAAGAUCACACUACACCAUUGGAUCAUUAUCUUUAUUUGAGAAUGCAAAAUUUAUACGCCCAAAAUAUGAAACUUGGAUUAAUGAGACAUCCUUUCCUCCCUUAACUUGCUAAUAUGUUCGAAGAAUCUGCAUCAAGAGAGAUUUUCAAUGUUCACCAUAUGAAGUGGUAUAUCUUUGAUAAUCGAGUAAUUUUGACCGGAGCUAAUUUAUAGGAACAAUACUUUAUUAAUAGGCAAGAUAGAUACAUGGUAUUUCAUGAAGCUAAUGAGAUUGCAGAUUAUUUAGAUGAUGCUUAAUCUGCAUUGUUAUAACAUGCGUAUUAUGUUGACUUUGAUUCUAAUUCCAAAUUUGAUCCUUUAAGAGCUCAACCUUUUAAAAGAUAAUAAUAUUUUAAAGAAUUCCAUCAAACUUGGAAGAUCUUCAAAUUUAGUUACAAAGAAGCAGCCGAAAUCAAAAGUGAUGAUGAAGAAUAUAAAGAAUAAUAAUAAGCUAAAGUUUAAAAUAAGGAGGAAGAGAAUGAUGAUACAUAAUAAGAAUAAGAAGAAGAGGAAUUAUCUUAAGAAGAGAUGUUACAAUUUUAUGAGAAAGAUUUAAUAGUAGAGCAAAAGAUUUAAGAGAGAAAAGAAUAAGCAAAAUUAAUAUUAAAUAAGAGUUUCAAUAAGGGAGAUGUUCAAAACAUCAUUAACAGGUUAGAGAAGGCACUUUAUAAAGAUGAAGAAAGAGAGUUAGAUGAGGGAGAGGAAUGCACAGUACUAAUUACUCUACACAUCCCAUACUUAUAAACUGAUGAAGAUAAGUUAGUUUUUAUGAGGAUUCUAGAGCAUUUAGAUUAGUUUACUUAGGUGACUUGGGCAUCUGGAUAUAUGAAUUUUACUAAGACUAUUAUUAAUUUUGUGAAUAAUUGCAAGACUGAUAUUAAGUUUGUUACUGCUAGUCCAGGAGCAAAUGGAUUUCAUAAGGCUGGAAAGGCUAAGUCAUUUAUUCCACUAUUAUAUCGUAAUUUUGAAUUGGCUAUAAAUAAACCAAUUUUUGAAUACAAAAAAAAUGGUUGGACAUUUCAUACUAAGGGAUUUUGGGCUGAACUUUAGGAUGGUUCUACAAUGACAAUUAUUGGCAGUUCAAAUUAUGCUGAAAGAUCAGAAAAAAGAGAUAAUGAAAUUUAAGCUUAUAUUUUCACUUAAUGUCCUAUGUUUAAGUAAGAUUUAAAAAAAGAAUAAAAUUAAUUGUUCAACUAUGCUGAAAAAAUAACAAAAGAAGAAAUACUCAAUGAUCCUGAAAUCAAAAUCAAUUGGAAAAUUAAAUUAUUGUCUAAAAUAUUUAAAUCAAUGAUGUGA